UCUUCUUGUUUCAGCUGGCCUUGUGGGCGAUGAACGACUCCUUUUAUCGCGUCACUCUGGAGGGUUUGGCGCUAGCUCAACUUCUAUCCUUGCAGAUACGGAAUUUGGGUCAAGAGCAGUGGGCCAAGCCUCUUUUCACUACUGUAUUGGCUCUGUUGGAUUCGGUGGAUCGAGAUUUGGAAUUGAAGGAGAAGACGAUUACUUCGGCUGCUGUGUUCAUCAACCAACUUGGAGAUCUUAUCGGGGACGACCUGAACAAGAGUCUGGAUGUCAUUCACCGAAGACUAAACAACGAGUUGACUCGGUUGUCUGCCGUCAGGGCAGUUCACAUUAUAACUGUUUCUAAUCACCCCCUCAACUUGGAAGUCUUUUUGCCCAGAGCGUCUGACGAUUUGGCCACCUUCCUCUCCCAAAGUGAUAGAAUCCUUAGACUGGCCGCACUACGCUGUCUCUACACCGUAUGGUUCAAAUACCCUCGUUUAAUUGGGCCUAAAUGCUUAGAGACUGUGUUGGAUUUGCUGCCAAGGUUCCUUGUCUCUGAACAGGAUCUCCAGGGAGCUCAGUUGGCUAUCCACCUAGUUUCUCUUCUACUGGAACUGGGAGAAGAUGAUAAUGCCGAACUUGGUGUCCGCAUAUCAAAGUUCGUGUCUGCGGACGCAUUUAAUCAGCAUCUGAUUGAUUUGACGCAUUCACCUCUGCUUCGCGGUCAGGCUUUGGAAGCGAUGUUGCGUUUGAUGCGCGCUAUCGGUCGCCGCUCAAGUCAUCAUGAGUCGGAACAGGCACUUAUCUCGUUCUUUUUAUCCCGAUUACUGGAACCAUUGAAUGGAGGUGGCCUCUUGAGUUCUUCACCACAUCGACAUAAUGGCAAUCGCACGCCACUUUCUCGGGACGCCCUACCUAGUUUAGCUCAAUGUAUCACUGAGUUAUUGUCCGAACUUCCCGCGGUGUCCGGUGCGAAAUCCUCCUUUGGCACCCUUCGUAGUGUCAGUAUUGCAGUGGAUCGUUUGAUUGCGGCUGUCAAAAACCCGGACUCAUCGCCCACAGAGAUAUACUUAAAUCUUUUGAUUCUCGGCGAACUUGGUAGAAAAACUGACCUUGGAAACCGAACGGAUCUUCGGGAAAUCUUCAUUUCUUGCCUGCUGGUUCCAACCACGUCGGCUUCUCCAAACAAUGUCGAAACCCCUGGGGCUCUUGGUGCAGCCAUCACAGAAGAAGUGAAACCAGCUGCUGCUCUGGGAUUAGGGCGUUUGGUCGUCGGGCAGCCAGAUGUGUUACUGCCUUUCCUGGUCGAUCGGAUUUCUCAAGUAGUCGCCAUGUAUGUUGAUCCGGGCUCCGCUGGAGCUGCAAAUCAGCAUCAACUGUAUCAUAUGCUUCAAGCUCUAAGAGAAGUUAUUGUUAACCUGGCUGGGUUUUCCGCUAACGAUGUUUUGAAAACACAUUUAGACGCCAUCUGGACACUUCUGAUCGCUAGUUCUGGUGUACCAGAAGAGGGCACGCGAACUAUCGUGGCUGAAUGUCUGGGCCAUUUGAUCUUCGUUUCUCCCCGUCAAUUGAUUGGGCGUUUACGACAACAACUCAACUCGCCGGAGGCAAACUCUUCUCCUCUGAUUCGCUGCACCCUGGUCACUGCUGUUAAGUUCAUCAUCAUCGUCACAGAUCAGGAUGUGCCUUCGCCUCAUCGCACUCUAGGUCAGAUUCGUUUGGACAGCCUAGACUGGCCGAAUAGCGUUGCUCCUUACGCCAUCCCACGUGACGAAUCCGCAGCCGCAAACGCCAAUGUGACUGUGUUGGAAGAAAUCGAUUCCGUUUUGCGGGCAGACCAUCCACCUCCACUGCUCGAUUUCCUCACCCGUUUGGCCGACUCUGAUAUGCUUGUGCGACGUGCUGCUUUAGUGGCCCUGAAUACAUCGGCCCAUCACCGACCAGGCCUUAUUCGCCCGUUAUUAAACGUUUCGUUGGAGUAUCCCCCAGGUCAUUCCACCACGUUAUUGAAAUUGUUGUAUGCGGAGACUGCGAUCCGCCCCGAACUAAUACGUGAGGUCGAGAUGGGGCCAUUCAAACAUAAGGAGGACGAUGGCCUCGACCUUAGAAAGUGUGCCUUCGAAUGUAUGUCCACUCUUCUUGAAACUUGCCUGGACAAGUUAGAUGUCUCCGAGUUUCUCUUACCCCUCAUCGAUGGUCUCAAGGACCACACUGACAUCAAGUUGCUCUGCUACCAAAUGGUCCAGCAGAUUGCUCGCAUUCGGCCUUUGGAGAUAAGUGCGAAAAUGGAUGCUUUGGCAGUUCCGCUGAAAACCAUUCUAUUAUCUAAACCCAAAGAGGAUUGGGUCAAACAGGAGAUGGAGAAAAUGCAAGAAUUGACUCGGUGUGCCAUUUCGGUCAUUGUCAGCUUCAAAUCCAUCGAUGAUGCCGAUAAGAACCGUUUUUACCUAGACUUGUUACGCACCAUUGAAGCGGAUCCUUCUCUGAAGCCUCUGUAUGCAAAUGCGAUAGCAGUGGAUUCCACAUCUGGCCCGUCUCCUCCACUGUACUCCCUUUAUUCCAAACGUGUUCCUUAUUCCGCCUACAGUUCUUUAAAUUAAUUCUUGUCCCUGCCACCCUUCUACCGGUGACUCGCUUACACACCCCUCCCCAUACUUUCCUCAUACUUCCAAUAGCGAGAGAAUGUAUUCAUUGGCCAAAGCGUUUUUUUCUUUCUGUCCUUUUCGCCACCUCGUCACUUCUAUCGUCUGUUCGUCGACCUGGCGUCACAAUGUGUCAACUUGUGUAGUUGAGAACGUGCUCCUCUUCACU